UUAGUUUCAAUGUAUUUUAUGACCUGUAUGAUAUCAUACGGAGCGUCCGUGGUCUAAUAUUGUUACGCGUUUCAUAAGUAAUAUUCUAAAAAUAGUAUUUGAAAAUGAGGAGUUAUUUCUUAAUACAAUUAAAACCUUAGAAUAUCGGUUAAUUUAGAUUGGGUUGUUUUGGAAACAAACUUGACAAAAUGUUUGAAAUAUUAGUGACUUUUUAUUUAACUAUUCACCCUUUCCCAUGUUCAUUGCCUGGCUGAGAAGUUAAGGAACAUUAGAUGGUGUUCGCAGCGCGUUUUGUAGUAUGCACGCUCUGUUCUCAGGGACACUGAAAAAUAAAGGUCAAAGUGGAAGGGUACUCUGUUAUAUCAAUAUGGCUUCUAGUAUCAGCAGUAAGCAUGGUCUUCUGUCACUCAAAAGUUCCGUAUUUUCAUGUCAGAAAAAGAUUUUACCCCAUAUUGUGUACGUACAGAGACCUGCAGAAGUUAAUUGUUUUAGAGCGUCAACAAAUGCGAGCACUGAAUACCAGCACAACGAAAAGUACUGUAUUGAUAUGGUGAGCGUUUAGGUACUCAUCACCUUAUGCUGCACUAGCUGGUAACCCUUGAUAUUACACAAAACGAACAGCCUACUGCUUAGAACGACUCGGGACUAUGAUGGAUUCGUCAGCUCUCUGCUUCUUCCAGACGCCUCACGCCGCUCCUCCUUGGCAUUGAGAGCCUUCAAUGUGGAACUGGCCCAGGCAGGUAAAGGACUCCAUUUCCCAGAAGACAAUAGGCCUGAUGCGGAUGCAGUUCUGGAAGACCGCUGUGGAUGACAUUUACAGAGAUGUACCCCCAUCCCAGCCAGUCAGUGCUGAACUCUGGAGGGCCGUAAAGAAGCACAGAUUGACAAAAAGAUGGCUUUUGAGAAUCAUCAAUGAAAGAGAGAAAGACAUGGAGGACAGACCGUACAGGAACCUUCAGGAGCUGGAGGCCUAUUCUGAGAACACUCAGUCCUCUCUGCUUUAUCUCCUCCUGGAAUGUUUAGGUGUCACAGACGUUCACGCGGAUCACGCCGCCAGCCACAUCGGGAAGGCCCUGGGCAUCGUCACGUGCCUGAGAGCCGCCCCUUUCCACAGCCGGCGGCGCAAGGUCUACCUCCCCAUGGACAUCUGCAUGCUGCACGGUGCAUCGCAAGAGGACUUCAUUCGAGGGAGCCGGGAGCAGAAUGUGAGGGACGUGGUUUAUGACAUCGCCAGCCAAGCCCACAUACAUCUGCAGCAUGCGCGGUCUUUUAGCAACACUGUGCCGGCAGAGGCCAUGUUGGCCUUCCUGGUGACGGUUGUUCUGGAGGACUACUUGCAGCGGGUGAGGAAGGUAGACUUUGACAUCUUCCAUCCGAGUUUACAGAAGAGAAACCCUUUACUUCCAAUCCAGCUGUACCUCCGGUCGUGGAAGAAGACAUACUGACCGUCCGGAUUAGCGCUAGCUUUGCUGCCAUUGUACUUAAUCCCUUUUCAGAUUUUCCUAUGCUGUACAUGUCACGGCGAGCCGUUGAAGACUUGCCGUAUUAAAUCCUUUGUGUAUACCGACA